AUGUUUAAUCAAAUUGAAGACCUUUCUUAUCGACUGAAACAAGAUAUUCGUCAAUAUAACAAUCAUCUAACACCAAUUAGUGUUUUUAAUUCAUCUUCUAUUACAAAUCCAAAUGAAUUAGAUCAAUCAUUCAUGUAUUCAUUAUUAUUAAAAGAGAUUAUUUUAGAUAUGCCAUUUGAUAAUGAAACAAAAAAAGAAUAUGUCGAAUUUUGUCGCAUUCAAUAUGCUGGAAAUGAUACGCAAAUGAAAAAGAUAGAUGAAUUCGAAGAAAACUAUCAACCUUUAUUAUCUAUUCAGUGGUAUACAAAAGCAUGUUUUAUUUAUUGGACUUUAAAUAAAGCUUUAAGAAAUCAAGACACUGAAAUAAUAAUCAAGAUGGGAUUUUUUCUUCGAGAUCUUCAUUAUCAAAUUAAACAAUUACAUUCAAAAAUGAAGAGUCAUGAUCAUCUGCGUGUUUUUCGAGGACAAGGUGUAUCACUGACUGAAUUUGAGAAGAUAAAGAACAGUAAAGGUGGUCUUUUAUCAUUCAAUAGUUUUUUGUCAACAAGUACUGAUGAACAUGUUGGGGAUAUGUUUGCGGAUAGUGCACGACAGAAUCCUGAUCUGAUUGGUAUCAAAUUUAAAAUAGAAAUCGAUUUUUCUAUUUCAACACAACCGUUCGCUUCUAUCAAAGAAUUUAGUUCCUUUGAAGAAAAUGAAAUUCUCUUUUCCAUGCAUACGGUAUUUCGAAUUGUUGACAUACAAGAAAUUGAAAAUCGAUUAUGGCAAAUCGAUUUAAUAGUAACAAGUGAUGAUGAUCCGCAUUUAACAAAUCUUACUAAAUACAUUCGAAAUGAAAUUGAUGGAUCAACAGCAUUGCAUCGAAUGGGUCAUUUGAUGAUUAAAUUGGGUAAAUUUGAUAAAGCUGAAGAAUUCUACAAUAAAUUACUCAAUCAAACUUCUGAUAAUAAUUACGAAGCUAUCGCUCAUCUUAAUCAUCAGUUAGGGAUUAUUAAGCAAGAGAAAGGUGAUCUAUCAGAUGCACUCACCCUCUUUUCAAAAACAAGUGAAAUUAUGCAACAACAAUUGUCAGCGAAUCAUCCCGAUCUGAGUAUUCUCUACUAUCACAUUGGACUAACAUAUCAAAGAUUAGGAAAACAUCCAGAUGCACUUUCAUACUAUGAAAAAUCACUAGAAAUUGAACGAAAAUCUCUUUCAUCUGAUGACCCAAAACUUGCUACUACCUACUGUAAUAUUGGUUUACUCUAUAAUGAUAUGGGAGAAUAUGCAAUGGCACUCUCUUACUAUGAGAAAGUACUUGAAAUCCAACAAAAAUCUCUUCCACUCUAUCAUCCAUACUUGUCUACUACAUAUCAUAACAUUGCUUUAGCUCAUUAUGGAAUGGGAAAUUAUUCAGAAGCAUUAUCUUAUUAUAAAAAAGCACUUGAAAUUCAAAAUAAAUCUCUUCCAACAGAUCAUUUCUUACAAGCUACUACCUAUUGCAAUAUUGCUUCGACUCUUAAUGCAAUGGGAAAAUAUUCCGAAGCGUUCGAUUAUCAUAAGAAGACGCUGGAAAUCGAGCCAAAAUCUCUUUCAUCUAAUCAUCCUGGUCUUGCUAUUACCUACUGCACUAUUGGUUUCUCAUAUCAUGAAAUGGGACAAUACUCACUUGCACUCACAAACUAUGAGAAGGCAAUCGAAAUACAAAAAAAAUCUCUUCCAUCCAAUCAUCUCGAUCUUGCUAAUACAUACAAUCAUAUUGGUCUUACUUAUGAGCAAAUAGGCGAAUAUUCAAAAGCACUUUCAUACUAUGAAAUGGCAUUAGAUAUUCAACGGCGAUCUCCGUCAUCAAAUAGUCAAUUGCAUGCCACAACGUUCAACAACAUCGGUUCUGUGUACGCCUCAAUACAAAAAUAUUCAAACUCGCUCUAUUAUUACAAAGAGGCACUUAAAAUACGACUCAGUUCUCUUCCAUCUAAUCAUUCUUGCCUAUCUAGUACAUACAACAACAUUGGAUUGGUAUAUACUGAUAUGGGAAAAUAUAAAAAAGCCCUCUCGAACUAUGAAAAGGCAAUUAAAAUCCAACAAAAAUCUCUUGCGUCUGAUCAUCCACUGUUAGCUAUUACAUAUAAUAACAUUGGUUUAGUUCAUCAAAAAAUGGAGGAAUAUUCAAAAGCAUUGGCAUACUAUAAUAAAACAUUUGAAAUCCAACAAAAGUAUCUUUCACCUGAUCAUCCAUACAUAGCUAUUACACUUGGCAACAUUGCUUCAGUUCAGAAAUCUUUAGGAUAUUAUCAAAUAGCACUCACAAUGUAUUGUCUAGAUCAAUGUCCUAUAGAAAUUACGAAUGCACUACAAGCUAAUCGAUGGUUCGUCAGUUUGGGUGAUCCAGGUAGUGCAAAAACUACUCUUCUUCGUUGGAUUACACAUAUCUUUGCUGAAGCAGCUUAUCAUGAAGAUGAAGAAAUAGUUUUCGAAGAAGAAAGUGUUUACCUUACAAUUCGAAUUCCAAUUCGAAUUCGAAUUGUUGAGUUUGCAGAAUGGCUUAUUCAACAUCAAACAAAGACAUUAAUAGAUUAUAUCGGUGAACACACGUGGUUUUCAGAACGUUAUUGUCAUGCUGAAGAUGGAAAUGUGUUGAAAGAGCUGAUAUAUCAUGAUCAUGCUUUGAUUCUUCUUGUUGAACUCAUGGGCGGCGCAAGCUCUUUUUUUUUUAGAUGA